AUGCGCGCCGUCCAAGUCAGCGAAUAUGUCAAAGGCCCCCUCGACCUAAAAGUAACCGAAGUCCCCACUCCAACCCCAUCAGCAGACAAAUACCUGAUCGAAAUCCACUCCGCGGGCACCAACUUCUUCGACAUUCUCCAAAUCCAAGGCAAAUACCAACACCAGCCCCCGCUCCCCUGGAUCGGCGGCGCCGAAUUCGCCGGCACAGUCCUCUCCACACCAACCGGGAACCCCAAGCCCCGAUUCCGCGUGGGCUCCCGCGUCUUCGGCGCCACGCAGGGCGCCUACGCCACACACGUCCUGGCAGCUGAGCAGACGCUCCUUCCCGUGCCGGAGGGGUGGAGCUUCGAAGACGCGGCUGGGCUAUUUGUGACGGCGCCUACGUCGUAUGGGGGCCUUGUUACGAGGGCUGGGGUGAAGGCUGGGGAGUGGGUUCUUGUUCAUGCUGCUGCUGGGGGAGUGGGACUUGCUGCUGUUCAGAUUGCCAAGGCGAAGGGGGCUGUUGUUAUUGCUACUGCGGGGACGGAGAGGAAGAGGGAGGUUGCGAAGGCGUUUGGGGCUGAUUAUGUGGUUGAUUAUGGGGAUAAGAAUUGGCCGGAGAUUGUGAAGAAGUUGUGUCGGGAGAAGAGAAGUGGGAAUGGGGCUGCGGGUGUGGAUGUUGUUUAUGAUCCUGUUGGGAUGAUUGAGGCGAGUUUGAAGUGUGUGGCUUGGAAUGCGAGAUUGUUGGUUAUUGGGUUUGCGGCUGGGAAGAUUGAGAAGGUCGCGCUGAAUCGGGUGCUGCUUAAGAAUGUGAGUAUUGUGGGCUUGCAUUGGGGGCAGUAUGCGAGGUUCGAGACUGGGACUGUUGGUGAUGUUUGGAAUGGGAUCUUUGAAUUGGUGCGCUUGGGCAAGUUCAAGGGCACGUCUUUUAAGGAUGAGAGCUUUGUUGGGCUGGAGAGUAUCCCCCGGGCUUUGAAGGCCCUCGGUGGGAGGGAGACCUGGGGUAAGGUCGUGGUGAAUGUUAUCGGGGAGUCGAAGAGUAAGCUGUGA